UUAUACAUCUAGACUUGAAUACAUCACAUAUUCACAUUCAGCCGAUAUUCUAUAGUAUAUCUUCGAUGAUGGGGGGUUUAAGAUUCGAUAAGAGGAGCGUCGUCAUUAGCAUGGCGGUUGUGGUGGUGGUGGUGCUGCUGCUGCUGCAAUCACCCAUCUGCAAUGGUCAUGAGAAUGUCAAAUACGAGGAAGCGAAAGCCAAGGCAGCAGAAGCAGGCCACGAAGCAGCCGAGGCUGGUAAAGAAGCCAAAGACUCGUGGACUGGUUGGGCCAAAGACAAAAUCUCCGAGGGUCUUGGACUUCGUACUGAAGAAGCCAAAGAUAAGAUCACUGGAACCGGAGAAUAUGCUGCUGAGGAGACGAAAAACAAAGCCUCCCAGACAAAGAACUCUGCGGAGGAUAAGGCACAAAGGCUGAAAGAAGGAGCCGGAUCCAUCUUGGAGAAUGUCAAAGAAGGUGCGAGAGAGGGUGCAGGUUACGUGGAGGACAAGGCGCAGGGUGCGAAAGAGGGUGCUGGAUCCAUCAAGGACUCGGCCUACGAGAAGGCGCAGGGUGCGAAAGAGGGCGCCUACGAGAAGGCGCAGGGCGCCAAAGAGAGUGAGGCGGAGAGUGGAAUGUUGGGUAUGGGAGCGGCUAAGACAACAUCUUGGAAGAGACCGUCAAGAAGAAUUCAUAAUCUACUUGGUGCUCGGAGCAGCGCCAAUGGCUCGUACACCAUAUCGCUUAGCUCCGGCGGAGAUGAUGACACAGUUAUAAGAAUUGCUUGA